GCAAUCUCUUGGAGAAGAAGGCAUGUCUCUGGAGUUUCGCCACAUCGCCAGCUAUCUGGUUUGGUAUUCUUCUCACCAUCUCUGUGAAGAAUUACUUCAUGAGGUGAUCCUUUGCAUUGGCAACUUUACGGUGCUAAACUCUGAUAAUCAGAACAUUGUCCAAUCUGGCCAGUCUCCGACCAUUCUUCAGCAGCUGUGCUCCUUACCAUUCCAGUAUUUCAGCGACCCCCGACUUACCAAUAUCUUGUUCCCAACCCUGAUCGCUGUGUGCUAUAACAACCCAUCCAACAAGGAGAUUUUGGAGCAGGAGUUGAGCUGUGUUCUUCUCGCCAACUUCAUCGAGGAGAAACAAUUGGAAUGUCAGCAAGCUAGGUUAAUGCCUUCGAAAGUGUCAAAAACACAAGAUAAGGACAAGGCCCGAACUUCAGACCUGGAGGUCCGUAUGUCCUUUGCAUCACGCUUCCCAGUCGAUGUCUGGCCAGCAGCAAUGGCUUGCUUCAAACAGGAAUAAUUGCACCAUUCUACAAGAGGCUUUAUUUUAUUUUAUCCUUUGGUGGUCACAUUUAUUUUCAUUUCCUGUCCCACGUUCAGUUAUGAGUUCUGAAUACAGGGGAGUGAUAAGAUAGCUACUCCUGUGCUCCACUCUCUCUGCACACACACAUACACAUACACAUGUAUAUUUAUUCUCCACACACUUACACACAAACACUUUAACGAAAGGUGUCAGUUUGGUGUCUCUAAAUAAAAGUAAAAAACUGCUGACCUGUUAAUUCUUUAACCACCUGUAAGUAUUCCUUUCUGAUUCUGUGGCAACACCAUUCUUCAGGCUCUCUGGCAGUGUGGUGAGCGAAUAGGGGUGAGAUCUGACCCAGGACUCUUUCCCAGUUUCAGAGGUUGAGUAGGGAGUGGUGCUACUUUUUUCUCACCUUCUUUUACUCUGCAGAACCCUAGGUGCAGUAUAGAUGACUGCAUGAAUCUUUGUGACAGGAUUAACUUAUAAUAACACACACACACACACACAUCAGCUAUUUAUGUUUUUAUUUCCUAAUUUGGUUGUGGUGGUGUGGAUGGAACUUAUUGUUCUAUGCAUGUGUGUUUAAGUGUGUAUAACAAUGAAAUUCACCAAAUUUAAGUUUGGCAUUUGUGCUCUUUGGCAAAUUUUGUGCAAACAUUGUCCCAAGUCACUCCCACUUUGCCCACACACCUGCCAUUCACACAUACAAACGUUUGUGUGCAUACAUAUAUUGUGUGUGUGCAUAUGUAUAUUAUGUGCACGUGUGUGUGUAUAUAUAUGGAUAUGUGUCUGAGUUUUCUCAGAUUAGAUGGUUUACACUCAAUAAUACAAAUUAAACUCAGAACCUUAACGAGAAGACAGCAUAAUGUUUGUUCCCGUAAGAGUUGCUGUCACCCAAUUGGUAGAGCAACAUUGGAUUAAACACUUUGCAAGUAUUUAGUUUUUUUUUUUAAUUUCUGGCUGCUCCCAUUGUUUGUGUCAUGUUUUUUGAGCAGCAUUAUUGAGCCUCUCUUUUUGAGCACUCAGUUACUCAUGAUCUUCAGUUUGUGAACAUCUUUUUCGAUGACGUUUUCUUUUUGUUUUUUUUUUUUCUUAAUGGAAGUACUGGAUCAGUUUGGUAGAUUGUUGAUCAGUUUCAUUGAUUAAUGUGUUUGUCUUCGGUUUAAUUUGGCUGAACUUUGCAACCAUAUGCCAGAAGAUCGUUUUGUGAGAUGUUUGAGUUCCAUCUGAGAUUGUGAAGUAAUACCUUUCCUUUGAUCUCAAAUCUCCAGAUGGAAUUUUUGAAGGGGUGAGUUUAAUUUGACAAGGAAUCUGUCAGAUGUCUUAAGAAAUAAGUUUCAACCAUGUCUUCUGAAAUCUUGAACGUUAGCUGAAGUUAAUCAGUAUAUUGUACCUCGUUGUAAUCAGUAUAUUGUACAGAUCCCUGACUCUGAAAGAAGACUUUUUUGUCUUUGAGAUUCUAUACAACUCAGAAGGAACUUUGAUCAGUUUGGUAGAAGUUGAGAUGUAAGUGAAGAAAGAUUUAGGAAACUCAUAUGAUUGAGUUCAAACCUGUUUUUUGUUUUGGAAUACUAACAUGAUAGGAUUUCACUGUUUUAGGGAUCAGGGAUCUAUUUGAAAGAACUAAAGAUUCUUGAGUAUGUGAUAGGGUUUAGGGCCUUGUAUAUGAUGAGGUUUUAAGGUAUGUUGUAGCAUUUCAUUUAGACUGGAUCUCUUUGAAAAAUAUUCACUAGAAGGAAGGAAUCAACGAAGGACCCUCCAUUCUGCUAUUGUUUCCCCUUAAUUGUAAGAUGUGUCUGUUUGAAAAGUCAUUCAGUUGGAGUUUAAGGUUAUUUAACAGGUACUUGCAGUGGAUUCUAGAUUUACUUUGAUAAAACCAUUAUUUCUGGGUAAUGAAAUAAACAAUCAAAUCCCUGCCUGCCAAAAAAAAAAAAAGAAAAGAAACGAUGAAAAGGAUGCUGUCUCGAUUGUGUUCCACCUUUUGUAAGUUCCCUUCUUUGGCGCCACCGUUUGUCUUUGACUGUUCACCACCACAAAUACCAACUUGCCUCUUUAUUGUGACCAACUAAAAUCUUUAAAAAAAACUGAACCAAAAACAAAAACUUUAAAAUCAAGUCUACAACUCCACGUUGUUUUUUGUUUUGUUUUUUUGUCUUAAACGUGGUGUGUAAAAUGAAUUAAAUGAUCCGAAACCAGACUGGAGCUUAUCCGAAAGUCAAUGCAAAAUUCUUGUAUCUUUACUGCUGCAUUGCCUUUUUUUUUUUUUUUUUUUUCCAAAUCUUGUUUGUUGUUUUUGUUUUUUUGUAUUUGAGUUUCCAGCCAACCAGCCAGCCUAAUUAGUUGAAUGGUGAUAUUCUAAUAAACGAAUUCCUUAUUGGAUUCCUUGCUUUGACAACUCACAGAAGGGUUUCUUUUCAAUAAAUAAAUAAAUUAAUAAAUAAAUAAAUGAUUAACUAAAGCCAAU